AUGGCAGGUAUAACAAAACAAUUCCAGGUAUUCAAAGAAUGGAAUGAUCAAAGUAUGGAAAGAUCAAAGAAUGGAAAGAUCAAAUUUACUGAUGACGUAUUACUGUUAAUGGAUGAGAAUGAAAGUGAUGAAGAAGCCAUUUUAUUACUUCAUAUCACUAAAGCUAUACCGGUGACAAAAAAUGAAAGUGAUGAAGAAGCCAUUUUAUUACUUCAUAUCACUAAAGCUAUACCGGUGACGAAAGUAAGAAUGAAUUUAAGUGAAAUGACAGAUUCUGAUUGUUUAUUUUCAAGAGAUGAUUUGUUUUACCUCCAUUCUGCUUUACGCCUUCCAUCUGUAAUCAUUUGUGAAAAUGGAUCACGUUCAUUUGGAAUUGAUGCAUUAUGUAUUUUAUUACGAAGAUUAGCUUAUCCUAAUAGACUUGAUGAUAUUUCUGUUUUGUUGGGGAGAUCAAAAGAUGAACUUUCACGAUUUGUGCAUGAAACAGUAAAUAUCAUAUACAAUAGCCAUUCCAAAUUGUUAUUGAAUAUCAACGAGAUAAAACUAACGAGAGAAAAAUUAAAUUUAUUUAGCCAAAUAAUAACAGCAAAAGGUGCUCCUUUGACAAAUUGUUGGGGGUUCAUAGAUGGAACGGUACGUCCUAUUUGUCGACCAAUAAGACAUCAAAGGGUGGUAUUCAGUGGCCAUAAACGUAUACAUUGUUUGAAAUUUCAAUCAGUGGUUACACCCGAUGGUAUGAUUGCUAAUUUAUUUGGACCAAUAGAAGGAAGACGUCACGACAGUGGAAUGUUAAGAGAAUCUAAUUUGUUAGAGCAUUUGGCUGCGAUUCCUUGUUCUGAGAACGGGACCCAAUUUGUUUUAUAUGGAGAUUCUGGUUAUCCUUUGCGUCAACACCUCAUUACACCAUUCCGAGGUGCUAGCUUAACACCCGAGCAACAAGUAUUUAAUUCCAGGAUGAGUUCAGUAAGAGAGUGUGUGGAAUGGGUAUUUGGGAAAAUAAUUCAAAUAUUUGCUUUUCUAGAUUUUAAAAAAAAUUUGAAAUUGUUUCUUCAGCCUGUCGGUAAACUGUAUAUUGUUGGUGCACUACUUACAAAUUGUCACACUUGCUUAUAUGGUAGUGCAACAUCAGAUUAUUUUAAUUGUUUACCCCCCAAAUUGGACAAAUACUUAGAAUGUAAUCAAUAAAUAAUAAAUAAAUAAAUAAUUUUUUUCAAUUUUACAAAAAUUUUUUAUAAACAUUUUUUAUUCAAAGUUUUCAUAAGUAAUUCUAAAAACAAUCUUCUUUCCUCGCCAUCCUGCUCAAUUUUGCUUCUCUCUCUCUUCUCUCUAAACCAAAUUUUUCUUUUUCAAACUCGAAUUUUUCUUGUUCCAGUUUCAGUUGUUCUUUUUUUAAAUUUAAUUCUUCUUGUUUCAAAUGAUUCUGUUGCUCUUGCUUGUUUUGUAACUAUGAGACAACAAGGUUUUCCUUUUUUUUUUCUUUUUUGUGACAAUUGU